AUGGCAAGACUUCACUCCGUUCUCUUUUUGUCAGUUCUCUGCUAUGUUGCGACUGCCAAGAAAAUUCUUUUGUCCACACCGAGAAUGGAUGAUUCUCAGUCUUCCCAUGUAACCCAGACCUACACCUACGUUUGCCAUCCAUCAAGAUUUAACGGCCUUGGCUUAAAUAUGGAAUAUUUUGGCUACUGCAAUAAAUCACUUCCAUUUGAGGUUAGAGCCAAAGAUUUGGUAGAUAGAUUGAGUUUGACUGAGAAGGUGGGGCAACUUGGAGACCAGGCCAAUGGGGUGCCAAGGAUUGGUCUACCAAAAUACUAUUGGUGGUCCGAGGCAUUACAUGGUGUAUCAGACUUCGGUGAUACGGCAACCUUUUUCAAUGCUACCAUCCCCGGUGCAACAAUAAACCAAGGAAAAGUUAGGGAAGCAGACAUAGACAAAGUCUUGAAAAACCUCUACAUCGUCCUUUUCAGGCUUGGACACUUUGAUGGCAGUCCACAGUUUGAAAAGCUGGGCAAGGAUGACAUUUGCUCUCAAAGCCACAUUGAUUUAGCCAUUGAAGCUGCCAGCGAAGGAGUGGUUCUACUCAAGAAUGAUAACAAUACUUUGCCAUUGGAUGCUCAGAAAGUUAAAAAGGUUGCCGUGGUUGGGCCACACGCCAACGCCACUAAAGUUAUGAUUGGCAAUUAUGCUGGUAUACCAUGCAAAUAUACCAGCCCACUGGAUGCAUUCAGACAAGCUUAUGGGAAUGAUAAUGUGUACUAUGCACCAGGCUGUCUAGAUGUUGCUUGUAGAGAUUAUAGUUUGGUUUUCCCAGCAGUCCAAGCAUCUAAAAAGGCGGAUGCUGUCAUCAUUGUUGCAGGAAUAGAUACCUCAGUUGAGGCUGAGAGCCUUGAUAGGGAAAAUCUUCUGCUACCUGGUUAUCAAUAUGAAUUAAUAGAUCAAAUUUCAAGGCAAUCCACCACUCCUAUUAUUCUGGUAAUCCUAUCUGCCGGUGGUGUUGACAUUUCUAUCGCCAAAAAUGAUUCAAGAGUUAGUGCCAUCCUUUGGGCUGGAUAUCCUGGAGAAAAAGGUGGCCAGGGCAUUGCAGAUGUUAUACUUGGGAAAUACAAUGCUGGUACGUAA